CUUUCCUUGUGUAAUAAACAAACCUUCCCUUCAACUUUCCCGAUGUUUCUACUACAUACUAGCAUGCUUUCGUGUACAAAAUACACCAUUGUCCGGAUAAUGACCUCCUUGACAACUACUAAACGACACGUGGAACUAAUCCUUGGAUUUCGACCAACCAUACGAGACGAUUCGUCCCUCGCAGAAUGUCCACUCAUCCAUCCCUGACUAUUGUUUCAACCUCUGAUGCACCCGGUGCGAUUGGACCUUACUCUCAGGCGAUCAAGGCCGGAGAUUUGCUCUUCGUGUCUGGCUGCAUCCCCAUAGAUCCUAAGUCUGGUGAAAUUGUCGAAGGCAUCGAGGAGCAGACAGCUCAAGCUUUGAAAAACCUGAUUGCUGUCGUUAAUGCUGGUGGAUCAGAGCUGGGAAAAGUAGUGAAAACCACAGUCUUCCUGAAAAACAUGAACGAUUUUGUCACAGUAAACGGGAUUUACGCGGCCGCUUUUGGUUCACACAAACCUGCGAGAUCUACAGUUGAGGUUGCCCGUCUUCCGAGGGAUGUUUUGGUCGAUAUUGAGUGCAUUGCAAGCUUGAAAUGAAGUGUGCUUGACUAAGUUGCAAAAUGAUUCAAUGUAGUAUGCGUACGAGGGUUUACAGACUCACUUGAAUUCAAGUUUGCAUCACAUCGCAUGAAUAGCCACACUAAUAAUACCCGGACUGUGCGGUGUUCAGAUCUUGGACCAAGCCGU